CUCCAUAUGACAUCACUGCCUUUGCAGCCAUAGCCGGAAAGAAAGGAUGGUGUCAGGAAUUUGGGGGCUGAACUAAAUGAUGUUGCAUUGCAGGUACUAAUAUGGUUAAUGCUGGAAACAUGAAUGGGCCUGGAAAUUUGAUGGAUUUCUUGGAUGAACCUUUCCCUGAUGUUGGGACAUAUGAAGACUUUCAUACCAUUGAUUGGUUGAGGGAGAAGUCACGUGACACAGACAGGCAUAGAAAGAUUACAAACAAAAGCAAGGAGUCAAUAUGGGAGUUCAUCAAAAGUUUACUAGAUGCCUGGUCGGGAUGGGUUGUGAUGCUUCUUAUAGGACUGCUGGCAGGAACAUUAGCUGGCGUUAUCGAUUUGGCGGUGGACUGGAUGACAGAUCUGAAGGAAGGUGUCUGUUUAUCCGCAUUCUGGUACAGCCAUGAGCAGUGUUGCUGGACAUUUAACGAAACUUCUUUUGAGGACAGAGACAAAUGUCCGCAGUGGCAAAAGUGGUCUGAACUUCUAGUUAACCAGUCCGAGGGUGCAAGCGCUUACAUUCUAAAUUAUUUUCUUUACAUUUUGUGGGCUCUAUUGUUUGCUUUCCUGGCUGUCUCCCUUGUCCGGGUUUUUGCUCCCUACGCCUGCGGCUCUGGAAUUCCAGAGAUAAAGACCAUCUUGAGCGGUUUCAUUAUAAGGGGCUACCUGGGCAAGUGGACCCUCUUAAUCAAAACAGUAACUUUGGUUCUGGUGGUGUCUUCCGGACUCAGCCUUGGCAAAGAAGGGCCGCUGGUGCAUGUGGCUUGUUGCUGUGGCAACUUUUUCAGCAGCCUCUUCUCCAAGUACAGCAAGAACGAGGGAAAGAGACGAGAGGUGCUUUCGGCUGCUGCUGCCGCCGGUGUCUCUGUUGCCUUUGGAGCACCAAUCGGUGGUGUCCUUUUUAGCCUAGAAGAGGUGAGUUAUUAUUUUCCCCUGAAGACUCUCUGGAGAUCCUUUUUUGCUGCCCUCGUUGCCGCUUUUACCCUGAGAUCCAUCAAUCCGUUCGGAAACAGCCGCCUGGUUCUGUUUUAUGUGGAGUACCACACGCCUUGGUACAUGGCCGAACUUUUCCCCUUCAUUUUGCUGGGAGUUUUUGGAGGUUUGUGGGGGACGCUUUUCAUCCGAUGCAACAUUGCCUGGUGCAGGAGGCGCAAAACCACCAAGCUUGGAAAGUACCCAGUCUUAGAGGUCAUCGUGGUGACGGCCAUCACUGCCAUCAUUGCUUUCCCCAAUCCGUACACUCGCAGGAGCACCAGCGAGCUCAUCUCAGAACUGUUCAACGACUGCGGCGCUCUGGAGUCCUCGCAGCUCUGCGACUACAUAAACGACCCCAAUAUGACGAGGCCUGUGGAUGAUAUUCCUGACAGACCGGCUGGGAUUGGAGUGUACAUGGCUAUGUGGCAACUAGCCCUGGCUCUCGUUUUUAAAAUCAUCAUCACAAUAUUUACCUUUGGUAUGAAGAUCCCUUCAGGACUCUUCAUACCUAGUAUGGCUGUGGGAGCUAUCGCUGGAAGAAUAGUUGGGAUCGGAGUGGAGCAGAUGGCCUACCAUCACCACGACUGGAUCAUCUUCCGGAACUGGUGCAGGCCAGGAGCUGACUGUGUUACCCCAGGACUUUAUGCUAUGGUGGGAGCUGCAGCUUGUUUAGGCGGAGUCACCAGAAUGACAGUCUCUCUUGUCGUGAUCAUGUUUGAGUUAACAGGAGGAUUGGAGUACAUAGUACCCUUGAUGGCUGCAGCUGUCACUAGCAAAUGGGUAGCUGAUGCCUUUGGCAAAGAAGGGAUCUACGAGGCACACAUCCAUUUGAACGGCUAUCCGUUUCUGGAUGCGAAGGAUGAGUUCACCCACAGAACACUGGCCACUGAUGUCAUGAGGCCUAGGCGCGGAGAGCCGGCUCUCUCCGUCCUGACCCAAGACAGCAUGACGGUAGAAGAUGUGGAGACGUUAAUCAAGGAGACGGACUACAACGGCUUUCCAGUGGUGGUUUCUAAGGACUCUGAACGCCUUAUAGGCUUUGCACAGAGGCGGGAGUUGAUUCUUGCCAUAAAAAACGCAAGGCAGCGCCAGGAUGGUGUAGUCAGCAAUUCCAUUAUCUAUUUCACUGAAGAGCCUCCGGAAGUCCCAGCAAACAGCCCUCACCCCCUGAAGCUCCGGCGUAUUCUCAAUCUGAGCCCCUUUACUGUCACAGACCACACGCCCAUGGAAACGGUGGUAGACAUUUUCCGGAAGCUUGGACUCAGGCAGUGUCUUGUCACACGCAGUGGGAGGCUUCUGGGCAUCAUAACAAAAAAGGAUGUGUUAAGGCAUAUGGCUCAAAUGGCUAAUCAGGACCCUGAAUCCAUCAUGUUUAACUAGGCUGAUCUCAGAGGACAGGCCGGGAUCUAAGCUUUCAAGGGAACUUUACUGGACUAAUAGAUGUGGAUUUUGUACAGUACUUCAUUUUCGUUUCGUUUCGUUUUGUUAAAAUGAGAUUUAAAUAAGUUGGAAUCAUAUCCAGGGCAGAACCAAAGGAAAAUGCUGACGGGGGGGGGGGGGGGGGAGCGCAAAUGCAACGUUAGAGUUUGGAAAUGCUGUCCACCUGCAGAUGAGCUUGGGCUAAACGCUAACUCUUGUAGCGUUCCCAUGGUGAGUUUCCAGUUCUUCCCUUCCAUGGUAGUUUCCUCAGGAGCCAUCAUCACCUAGUUGUUUUCCCUGACCCCUUUGCACAUAAACUCUGAUGGGGGGGGGGGACAGAAACUCUACUACAUGAUCAGCCUUGAGUCAAAAUGUGAGUGCUGUGAUAAAGUGUGUGGGAGGGGAGGAUGAGGAGGAAGUCACCAAGAGGUUUGAUCCCACAGAAUUACAUAUAAGUAGCAACCAAGGUACUUAUAACUGCUUGGUUGGUGCAUGCAUAGGUGUGAAAUGGUUUGUGUUGAAAAGGAAUGGGAAGCAUAGAGGAAUGCCACCAACUCGAUAGGGUGAUGUAGAAAAAUAGCAAGCAUCUUUAUAAAUACAGUAUUAAGACAAAUGCAAAAACGUUGCGUUCAAAACAACUGUGUGCUAGCCAUGUUUUUUCUCUCUCUCCUAAGUUUAGCACUUAUUUGUUAAUGGAUUAUGCUAAAGUAUUUUCAGGAAAUGUAUAAUUUUAUGAAAAAUGUAUUGCUUUUGCCUAUUUUUUUAGAUAGACAAAAUAGAUUUAAAGCUGUGCUUCAGUUGACUUUCAGCAUUGUAAAACUGGUUUCGUUUACUAAAUUUUGUCCAACCUAAAUUCUCACGUUCAUUUUUGAUGUGAUGAAAUUGCCAUGAUGUGACUUCUGACUGUCAUUUUUACAUGGUGAAUAUUUCUUCUCAUUGGCUGCAUUUGCAUGUAAUGCUAAACUUUGGUUUAACACUGCAUGCGCAGGCUGGAAUGAGCAAGAAUACGACUUGGGUCAUGCUUCUCCUUCUCUUACAGAAUCCCAGUUUGCAUGAACCAGGGAUCAUGAUUUACAAGUAACUUUGGUCAGUUUUGAAGCAACCUGGCUUUUACAUUAACCAGAAGUUGCUUUUGAAAAAAACAAACCAUGACCUCUGAUUCAUAUGCAACUGCAAGCAAGGACUUUUAUGUAAGCAGAACUAAACACUGCCCAAGCCCUCAUCUUGUCUAUGCAGGAGGAAGAGAGGAGAGUGCAUGAGUUUAUUUAUGUAAUGCUAAACCAUGCAAACUGGGCCACUGUUUCCACAGUGGUAAAAUCUACAAUUGACUACAUUCUGGAGAUUUUAUCACAGUUUUUCCAAGCUCAUGGCAUGUGAAAGUUGAACCAUAGCCACAUCUCUUGGUCAUGAAAGAUAAUGGGAAAUUAGCUUCAGUAUUUUUAUCAAUAGGAUUUUUUUAAUCCUUCCUAAUGCACAGCAAAGUUGUUAAUAUUUAUUACUUCUCUAUGCAAAUAUUGCAUCAUUUUUUGGUUUACGCCACAGUGUUUUUUUGCAGUGUAAAAUACUUUGUAAACCAUGUUUUCUGUGUAAUGAAUGCACUUCUGUACCAGUUCUAGCUACUUUCUUAUUCCUCCAGUUGGAAGUUCUUUGCGCAGACUUGAAGGUUCUAACACUCUGUUACAGCAGAGAUAAUCUCCGCAUCUUCUUGGGCACAAGAGUCAUAUGGAAAGUUUUAUCUCUUUAAAGAAAGGUAGAAAAAUGUUUUGUGAUAUUCAGUUCUCGUUUUAUUAUGGCUUCUUUGGCUGAUAUUGUUUACUACUGGAACAGAGGUAGCAAAAUGGUGCCUUUCAGAUGUUGCUGGAUUACAACUCCCAUCAUCUCCAGCCAGCGGUCAGGGAUGAUGGGAGUUGUAGUCUAUGACACCAGGAGAUCACCAUGUUGGAUAGCCUUGUACUAGAAGAAUGUGGGACCCUAAAAAUGUCUCUCAGAACUCCACAUACUUCGGAAAGUAGAGACACUACAGGACAGCUUUGCAAAUUGGUAAAUGUGGACUCCUUGGACUGUAAUUCCAUCAACAUCAAUGAGUACUUUGGUUUAAAUUGCUUGUGGAUGGUUGAACAAUGCAUUUAUACGGCAUCUACUGCAUUUGUGGGUAUGCUGUGGGCUAUGCCUAACAAUUACCUUACUCCAAUGCUCAUGACCUGGAGAUUAAAUUGCUUAUAACAGCAUGGAAGUGGCAUUUAAGAAACAUCGGUGCAUGGCAGUCACAAGAACCAUGAAACAAGACUUGGGCCAAAGUGGUCAGUCCAUAGUUUUUCAUCAGCUUGGGAGUGGGGUGGAACAAAAAUGGCACCCAAAGAUAGUAAUAAUUUUCCCAAGUGUGACACACCAUUAUUGGGGCGCGGGGCGCGGAAUACCUAACUCGUUUGAAAAUUAUCCCUAUCCACGGCAGACAAAUGGACCUGCAAACGUGGGUUGAGGGAACGUGACCUAGCUAUCUUCAUAUUUUAAUGUGACUGCCUGAACAAGCCACAAUGCAAACAUUUUAAAACUGAAGUCCAAGCCUUUAUUAGGUAGCCAAGUUAGCAAUGGGUCAUAAAUUGUAGAAAAACACACACUCUCAAAGUUAAGUUUUCUAAAAGUCAAAACCUAUAGUUCUGAACAGCGCAUGGAACCAAAUACGGAUUAAAUAAUAUCAUAUUGUAGAACAGCCCCAGACAUUAAGUACAGUAUAGGAAGAGGAAAUCUGAUGCUAAGGUCGAUCUGAUAAGCACAUUGUUCAAAGUAUAGCUUGCAAGAGUGAGGUAUGAUAUAAUAGUCAGUGGCGAUGAUGUGGGUCCCUUUAAAAACCUCAGUUUUCUAGCUCACAAUUUUACUACAAGCACCAUAACACUAUUUAUUUGGGUGUAUGUAUUAAGGGUGUGCACGAGCCACAAGAUUCAGUUUUUCUCUGUAACUUUGGGAGGCAUCUCGACCUGUUUCAGAGCAGCUCUUUGUCAUUCAGUUCACUGCGAUUAAAUCCUAGAAGGUACCUCCUGUCACUCACUCCUCAUUCAAGCUCAAAAUGUUUCCCUAGUCAGUUUGAUUCCGCAUAAAAUAAAAUGAUAAAAUAAAAUAAAGUGGUUGUUUUACAAAUGCAGCGUUUUGUGGGGCAUCCAAAUCAACAGAGUAGCUCGGGACUUUAGGGAGCCCAACUCAAUGAAAUGCCCGUUCUCAGAAUAUAGUUUUGCAUUUCUGAAUUCCAAACACAGGAGAAAAGGACUCACUGAAAUGUCUAUUUGCUAGUUUACAUGUAGGUAAAACUUGCAUGUACUCGCAAGAGGUCCACACAGAGGAAUUUGGUACAUGCUUAUUAACAAAGAGGUGUACAUUUUUAUGUAGAUAAAUUUUACAUCUCUUGGUUAAUAUAUAUUAACUGUUGAAACUGCCUCACGUUAUACCAGGUGUGCAUCUUAUUUCAUUUCAUUUAUAGGUUUCUCUUUUAAAAUUAAAAUAAGAAAGUGGCUUACACAAAAAUACUAAUAGCAAUAAAAUGCAGCAUCUUAAAAAGGGAACACGAAUUAAUGCCACUUUAUUUUGGAAGGCUUGUAUUUUUACUACUCAGCAACUCAAUUUUGAAUAGAGGGGCAAAUGAUCUACCUCCUCUCUGAAUUUAUCUGUAAUUUAUGUUCUGGCUAUUGAGAACUAUUUAUCCUCUGUACAGGUCUCCUGUCCUUGAAAUAUAGGGAGGAAAAUAAAUUUUAAUUUGGGAUGUACGUGUAAUCUACUUUAUGCAUUAGGGAGUAAGAAAAUAAAUUGUAUCUAGAAGCAAAUUACGUUUUCCAUCGUUAAGCACAAAGAUCGUCCCUUUUUUUGCAGAUGCUGAGACUUUAUUUAAAAAAUCUGCAUCCACCAAGUGAAAUUAAUAUUUGUAAGUAUUUUAAAUUUGCUUUUUCCCCCUUUCACUUAUGCCAUUCAUAAUAGUAUGACAUUUUCAAGUCUGAAUUUUUUUAUCUUCAGAAGUUGAAUAUAAAAACCAGAGAUUUUGGGGCUUUUGACACUGAGAAAUGUCAAAUAUGAUUUGUAAAUGGAGAACUGUUAAAUACUAAUUACCAUUGAACAUUAUCUCAUAGUUAACCCUGUAAGAUUAAAAAUGCUGCUGCAUUCAAAGGCUGUCAAAUGUGAAAUACUGCAGCCAUCAAGUGGUUUUCAAUCCUGUUCUGCAGGUAAGGAAGGAUAUAAGGGGAACCUGAAGAUCAAUAAUAACAGACAGGCUCUCCUGGUAGAUACCGGUAGCUAGCCAACCACUGCUCAUCUUUUAUGAAUUGCACACUACAAAGGAUGGUUGGGGGGCUGAUGAACUCUUGAAUCCCUUAAAUCUGGCCUAGAAGCUUUUGUAAUGUACGGAAGUUGCAGAUAUGCAAUGCUUUUUUUUUUGUCAGGCAGGACAAGGUAGAAAAUGUUCCCUGAGAAUCUGAAAACCACAGUGCUAUAUUAUCACAUAUCAGAUAACAAUACAUUAACAUCCUUGGUAUCUGUGUGCAUCAAUUGCCAAACAUUGCCAAAUACUAAUUCUGUCAUUGGAUACAAAAAUCAAACAUGUUUGCUUGACAUAGUGCCACUAUGAAGCUUUCUCCCUACAAUUUUCAUUGGGGGGGGGGAAUUCACAGUGGAGAGUUAUGCAGAGAAAAAUCCAGUUGAAAUUAAUCUAUCAGUUGAUAAAAUGUGUCUAAUCAGUUUACCCAGAAACAGAUGAAAGCAUU